UAUAUAAGCCCAGUUGAGAUUACACAAGUGUUAUAAAAUGAGUACGGUUAAAAUAUGGGAUUACGAGAUCAAGUUCCCCUACCAGAGGUACGAUAUACAGUUCGACUACAUGAUCCGGGUCAUUAAGGCAUGACAUAAAGCAGAGAAUGCCCUUUUGGAAAGUCCUACAGGCACAGGAAAGACAUUAUGAGUCCUUUGUGCAGCACUUGCCUGGUUAGAUCGAGAGAUUAAGCAAGUUAAGGAUAAGAAAUUAGCUGAAGAUAGUGGGUUAAGAGUGCGACCUAAGGUGAUAUAUUGUUCACGAACUCAUUCUCAGCUGAACCAAGUGAUGAACGAACUAAAAGAGACUGAAUAUUACCCGAGGACCUCAUUGAUGGCUUCCAGAGAUCAUAUGUGUAUACAUCCUGAUCUGAAGAAGCUUAAAGGUCAAAGUAUAAAUACAGCAUGCAAACAUGCUACAUCAAAAGGUUUCAAUGACUUCAGAUGAUUCAAAAAGAAAAAUGCAGAGAGAUAUCAGGAGAAGGAACAGAAAUAUGAGACUUGGGGCAUCCAAGAUAUUGAAGAUCUUCAUAAAUUUGGAACAGACUCUGAUGUAUGUCCUUAUUUUCUAAGCAGAGAGAGACUGAAAUAGCGCUGAUCUUAUCUUGAUUCCUUAUAACUACCUUCUGGAUGAGAAAAUAAGAGCAAAUCUUGAAAUAAACUUCAAGAAUUCAAUCGUGAUAAUUGAUGAAGCUCAUAAUAUUUUGGAAAGAUGUGAAUCUGUCUCGAGUGUUGAUCUUAACGAAGCUAAGCUUGAAAGUAUAUUCAAAGAAAUAGCUUCUCUCAAAAGUAGUAUUGAGAACCAAUCUGGAGCAACAACAAACAAAAAUAACUCCAAGCAGAUUUCGUUUACCACCAAAGAAAGCGAGUGCAUCCAAAUCCAAACUCUAGUGUCCACAAUGCUCAAGAAUCUCCAAGAAAGAGCCUUAAAGAGGGGCAAAUGGGAGCAUUUCAAACAAAAAGAGGGGUUUCUGGUAUCAAAAUUUGAAAAUAUUUUCAAAAUCUUACCAGAUUUGACUAGAAACAAAGAGCAGAGGAGUAUGGAUGAAUUCACAGUCGCAAAGGAUCAGACUGAGGUUAAGAUAAACCCUGAAUACGAAGAAGAGAAGCAAUCCACUAUUUCAACCAAGCACGAAGUCUCUGAUGAGGCAACAAAGAAGCUUGAUGAGGUUAAUGAAGGGAACAUCAGUCACUGGAUCGAACUCAUCAGUAGAGCUAUACAGGACUCUUUAAUGAUCACUCGGAAAGAAAAGAAAGGCAACCUCAAUCUUGAAGACCUCAGCAAAGCUCUGACUAUUAUCUACAAGAUUUGGAAGAAGAGAACUGCAGGCGGAAGCACAGGACUUGAGGAAGCUCAAUGUGAUAUUUCAGAAGAUUUCCAUAUUUGAAUCACACAAGAGGUGAGCCAAAAGAAAAGCUCCAUUACUAAUUUCGGAAUUUGGUGCACAAAUCCUGGAUUUUCAUUCAAAGAUAUAGAAGAUUUAGGCGUUCGAUCUAUAAUUCUCACCUCAGGGACCUUAUCACCAAUGGAUUCGUUUGCAGUCGAGCUGCAGUCUGAGUUUCCGAUCCAGCUAGAAAACUCCCACGUGAUAAAGCCAAAACAGGUAUGUAUGGGGGUAUUGCCCAGAGGGAUUAAUGGAAAUGAGUUUACGUUUACCUACACCAGGAGAGAUGACGCCAAAAUGCUGCAAGAUUUGGGGGAAUCUAUCUCAAAAAUAGCACAGAGAUGCCCAGAUGGGAUGCUUAUUUUCUUCCCCUCGUACUUCCUGAUGGAGAAAUGAUCCAAAAUAUGGAAUGAAUAUAACUGUUUUAGUGAGCUUGAGGGCCAGAAAUAAAAUAUAUAAGGAACCUAAGAUAAGCGCAAAAUUUGCAUCAGUCAUGAAUCAUUAUGAAGCUGAUCUUUAUAAUGGCAAAGGAGCCAUCCUGAUGGGAGUUUGAAGAGGCAAGGUCUCUGAAGGUAUAGACUUUUCAGAUCGUGCAGCGAGGUGAGUGAUUAUUAUUGGGAUGCCCUUUGCACAGUUUAAAGAUCCAAAGAUUGUACUUAAAUAAAGAAUACCUUGAGAGGAAGUAUGCAGAGGGAAAAUCACAUAUCAGUGGACGAGAUUGGUAUAAUCAAGAAUGAUCCAGAGCAGUGAAUCAAGCUAUUGGUAGAGUAAUAAGGCAUAUCAAUGAUUAUGGUUUGAUCCUACUUGUUGAUAGAAGAUACGGAGAUAGAAAAGCUAUCCAAGAGAGGUCAAAGUGGUUAAGAGAAAGACAAGUAACAUUUGAAAGCUUUGAUGAAGCUUUUGAUACAAUUGAGGGAUUCUUUGAGGAAAUGACGAGUUUGAAAUUAUCCCCAAAAACUAUGAAGCCUCCAAAAUUUUUAAGAAAAACUCAAUCAUCUCAAAAUGGUACAUUAGAUAAAUGGACAACCAAAUCCUCAAACAUUGCAAUCAAGUCCACCAAAGCCAAACAGAACAUAAUUCAUUGCAGAUCUAAAUCAAUCAUGCCUAUCCACAAACCAGGAAUCCGCUCCUUCAUCACCUCCUCUGCUAAAAGACACCCUAAUAGACCAAACCCUACCUCCAAAACCCUUAAAAUCCCUCAAAAAGAGCCUAAACUCCCUCCUAAACCACUUUUGUCCCUAACCAGCCCCUCUAACCCUCCUCCUCCAUCCCCAUACAACCUCCCUACACUCUCCCACUCCCAAACCUCCAGACCCCCAUCCACCUCCCUCUUCCAAAGAUUCGCUUACCCAUCUUCUACCGCUCCCCCACCAGUCCCUUUCCACCUCUCCAAACUCCAAAAUUCCCCUUCACAGGUUCACUCCCUUCCUAAAACCCCUACUCCCAAGCCCACAGGCCAAGCCCCGUUAGCUCCUCUACAGCCAAGUUCCUUCUUUAUUGCCAGAAAGGGUAAGCUACAGGUGAACGAAGAUGGGAAUGGUAGAGGAAGAGACUGGGAUAAUCUUCACAAUUCUAACAACUCAGUAAGUCAAGACACAAACAAACCAGGUCCCAUCACAACUAAGCCAGGACCUUCAAUGAGCAGUAGUUCAGGGUUCCAUAAGCCUAAGCUUAACUCUAGUUUUAUCUCCCAAGCUUCAAGAAGAUCCAGGGCAAAAUCCAAAUUUAACGAUGUUUGGAAGAAAAGAAAUGGGGGAUUUUAAGCAGCAUAGAAAGCCUCAGAUCCUGAAUCAAAAGAGCAACUUGUAAAAUC